AUGACGAAUUUGCUCCCCAAGCUCGCUGCUCGUGAUGAUAAGGAUGGUCUUUCUACUCCCAUCAUCGACCUCUUGAUUGCGCUCCUGGUUCUUGUCCUGGUUGGUCUCGGUCUGGUUGGUGGCCUGCUUUUCCUUCGCCGCAAGCGUCAGGCCAAGAAACAACAAUCGGUGCUCCCGAUCCACAAUGGUCAAUGCUCGACCUCGACCCCGUCUCAUCAACGCCGCUUAACCAUCACAACAAACAAAACCGACUCCGUCUUGGUCUAUGACGAAAAGCGAAAUCUGAUGGAAAACUCCUCCAGUCCACCGGCGAGUCCCGUGCCAGAGAUUCGGAUUACAUUCCCUGAGGAGGAAGAUGAGUCUGGCAAGCGCAAGUCCGGUCGUAUGGUGGUGGUUCGCAUCAGCGAGGCCGGCAGUGUCGGCCUGGAACCCUGUCAUGAAGAACUCCCUCCAUACCAAUCCACCGACACCGGUCGGUUCCAAUCCCUCGAUAUUGAGCGGAUGGGUGGGUUGAAGGAGAAGGAAGAUGUGAGAACCUACGCUUAA